AUGUAUUUCUUCCUCAGUCAGUUAUCAUUGUCAGAUAUCUUGCUCACCACAAAUAUAACUCCGAACAUGCUUCAUGUUAUAAUUAAUGGUGGAAGUACAAUAUCCAUCGCUGGUUGCAUCACACAAAUGUACUUUCAUGGUGUUUCAGCCAGUGCAGAAUGCCUACUUCUCACAGUGAUGUCGUAUGACCGGUAUUUGGCCAUCUGCAAACCCUUACAUUAUACCUCUAUCAUGGACCUUAGACUUCAAAUCUACUUGGUUAUUUCUUCUUGGCUUCUUGCUUUCCUAUUUUCAUUAGUAUUGACCAGUGUUGUAUGUCAGUUACGUUUUUGCAGCCCUCACAUAAUUAAUAAUUUUUUCUGUGAUUUCGCACCUAUUUUAGAGAUGUCCUGUUCAGAUGUUACAAUUGCUAAACUUACGAACUUUGUAUUAGCCAUCCUUGUUUCUGUUUUACCAUUUUCCUUUAUUAUUUAUUCGUAUAUCUCGAUAUUUAUCACCAUCUUUAGGAUUCCUUCCACGAGAGGAAAACAGAAAGCCUUCUCCACCUGCAGCUCUCACUUGAUUGUAGUGACCAUGUACUAUGGAACUAUAAUAACCGUAUACAUUAUUCCAAAUAGUGGAUCAUCUUUUAACACCGAUAAAGCCAUAUCUCUUCUAUACACCAUGGGAACCCCAUUACUGAAUCCAAUUAUAUACAGUUUAAGAAACCAUGAUAUUAAGACAGUUAUAAAGAAAUUGAUUUACAUAAGUUAA